AUGAAUUAAAGUAUUUUUUUAUUUAAAAAAGAAAAAUAUAGAGAAGCUCUAAGAAAAUAAAGAAAUGAGAAUGAAUUUAGAAUAAGUCGUUUCUUACCAAAUUUUUGCUAAAAAGGAAAAAUUUCAUCAAUUUUAUUGAGUUUUCACACUUCAAUAGAGUAAUCAAGUAAAAUGAUAUUGAACAAUGAUGAACUAAUGAUGAAAGUUUAUAAGAAUUAAUAAAAUAAACAUGCUUUAUUACUUUUGUCGAAUAUUUCAGCUUCAGAAUCAUCAAAUAGUGUCGAUAGAUUGAUAAAAGAAUAAUACUUGCAUUUGACAUUUCUUGAAAUUAUCUAAUCAAAAUAGAGUAAUAUCUAUUAACUACAAUAUGCUUGUGAAGGUUUAACUAAUCUUCUGAAUUCGAAAAUUAAUAUAUAAUCAGAAUUAAUAGAUUUGCUUAAUUAGGACCUAAUUACUUCUAUUAUUAAAUUAAGAGAAUAAAUAGAUGAAAAUUAAUUGAUAGAUAAAGAUAGUAUGCUUUAUUUAUGCCUUAGUAUUUUGAUUAAAAUUCAAACUUAUCAACUAUAAAAUUAUGUAUCAAAGCCAUAACUCAUAGACUUAUUUAUUAUGAAUAUUAAUUGGUUCGAAAAAAAUAUUUAAGUAUCUUGUGAAAAUAUUAUAUUGAUAUGUUCAGAUAUAGAAGGGUUAGUUGAUUUGAUAGAUGAUCAAAAAUUAAAUUCAAUAGUCGAUUGUGCAAUUUAUUCAUUAUAAAAUAGAUAAUAUGAUAUUACAUAUUGGAUUUUAACAGCAUUAAAUACACUAGUUGCCUUUUCAUACUGUGAUUAAAAGAUUUUAGGAAUAGUGAAAAAUUCAAAAAUUACCUCAUUGCUAAAAAAGAUUUUUGAAAGAAUUUAAGAAUAAUAAAUAUUUUUGCUUGAAGUUGGUUUAGAAGUAUUAAAUUCAAUAAUAAUCUAGUUUAUUUAUAAAACCCUGCAAUUCUCAGGUGUGGAGAUUAGAUUUUGUUUCUUACAAUUCUUGAAAGAGAUAUAAGACUUAAUUGAAUCUAAAGUUCAAAAUUCAUUGCUAGUUUUGUGUAGUUUUAUACUUGUUAUUCUAUGUGAGUAAUUGGAUUAGGAAGAAUCAGGUCAUAUUAUAUCAUUACAAUUUGAAAUUCUGUUACAUUUAAAUGAGUAGCAUUUAACUGAUGAAAUCAUAGAGACUUUAACAAAUAUUUGGAAUUUACUUGAUUAAAAUAUUUAUAAAUUAAGUAGGAAACAAAAGGUCUUAUUAGAAAUUUUAGCAGAGUCUAAAAAUGAAACGAUUUCGCAAUUAGCAAUUAAUAUGACGGGCAUUUAGAAUUCAAUAUCAUGA